AUGGCUGAGAAGAAAAAAUAGCAAUAAUCGAAAGGAUCAUCUUAAGGAUUACAAAAUAUUGCUGAUGAAGAUGAUGAAUAGAAUUAAAACCAAGAUUAAGAUGAUGGAUUGCUAACAGGAGCUUCUAAUUAGCAAGGAGGAGGUGGAAGUAAGUUUUAGCAACUUCCUUUAAGAGAUUAUUAUGAGAGUUCUGUCACUUAAGUAUUACUCGAAGGGUUAAGAGAGUUAGGUGCUAAGAGGCCAGAAAAUCCAAUAUAGUUUUUAGGAAAAUUUUUAUUAGACAGAGACCCAGAAAAGAAAAAAUGA